CGCACAGUGCUUCUUCCUGCGUUAGAAGUUUCGGACAUUUCAGGAGAGAGAGAGACAGAAGAAGAUGAAGAAGACGCUCAGCCUCGAUGUUCUGAGAGUAUUACUUGUAGUAGUUAUGCUAUUGAUGGGCACUGCACCAACGAAAGCCCUAGCCUCCAAUUCAGCAUCAGGCUAUGUACAGAACGUCAUCUACUCCAACAAGAUCGCUAUUUUCUCCAAAUCUUAUUGCCCGUAUUGUCGUCGAGUCAAGCACAUCUUCAGUGAAUUACAUGAGCAACCCUUUGUUGUGGAGCUUGAUCUUCGAGAUGAUGGGUAUCAAAUUCAAAGUGUUCUUCUAGAUCUGGUGGGUCGACGCACUGUCCCUCAAAUAUUUGUGAAUGGCAAGCAUAUAGGUGGCUCUGACGAUCUCCAAGUUGCUGUCCAGAAUGGUCAAUUGCAAAACUUUCUUAGUAGCAGAUGAUGUAAUCCUUGGAAUCCAAGCAUCUCAGCAGAAGUUGCAGACAGGAGUCACAGAAUUGGUGCUUGAAAUUGAUGUCAUUAUAUUUGUUGGUUUGGUGAUUUGUGAACUGGAAUUCAAGGUAAAUUGGUUGAAUUAAUGAUUAGAGGGACAAAAUACUAGAAGAGGAAGAGAUCUAGAACAAUAAGAAGG